AUGGACGACGAAGAAAACGGCCUCUUCAACAUCCAAGUCUCGGACGCCUCCGACGAUGAGGAGCGAGAGGCCAAGGAAGCCCGCCGUACUGGUCAGUCUGAGGACGCUUGGAGGGCCGUCCAGCGCGACUACCAAGCCAAGGUUGAGAAUGGGGAUAUCCAUGAGACGGUCAAGCUGCCUAUCGGCCCUGACGCCUCAAAGCAGCACCUCCAGGAGGUGAUCCACGCCAUCGAGGAGUUGUACUUUUUCCGCCAUUAUGAGCAUGCCAUCGGAUUCAUAAGCGACGUGCUUUCUGGCAGCAAAAUCCUCGAUGCCGAUACCCAGCAGCUACUAGCCACUUAUCAAGAUAAGUGUCAAAAGAAACUCAAAGCUCAAGGGUGGAUGUGA